AUGUCUCGAGCUAUUCAUCGAGAUCUCAAGAACCUCGAAGAGCUUGAGAAAGAGGAAGCUGAGGAAGCUGAGGCUGAGAGGGUUUGUGUUGCUGCUGAAGUGCAGGCUGUGAUGGCUGAGAAAUCUGCUAUUGUAGCUGAAGAUUCUUCUUUUGAGGGUUUUGAUUGGAAUUCUGUGAAUCUGAGGAAUUCUGU